AUGUGUGUUAAAAUAUCUAGUUCUGGUAAAUCUUGUGGUGGUGUUGGUAAAAAUGCUAGUACAACAUCUAUGACAAAUCACCUCAAGAGAAAGCAUUGUGGGGAAUAUGAACAGUUCCAAGGUGGAAAUUCAAGUAAAAAGUUGAAACAACCCACAAUUGUUAGUGCCCUACAGUCAUGUUCUAAAUGGAGUAUCGAUGAUCAUCGCUCAAAGUCGAUACAUUAUGGAAUAGGCGAAAUGAUUGCUCUGGAUAAUUUGCCAUAUUCUAUUGUCACAAACAAGGGUUUUCAAAGAUUAAUGUCCAAAAUUGUUCCUCAGUACACGAUACCUGGCAGAAAAUAUUUUACAGAUAAUAUAGUUCCCGAUAUUUAUAACCGCUUAGUGACAGUGAUAAAGAACAAGUUAGUGAGUGUUCCUUAUAUAUCCUUAACAUCUGAUUUGUGGACAUGCUCACAUACAAAUGAGAGUUUUAUUAGUUUCACGGGCCAUUGGUUUGACCAUGGUUUUACAUCUAACCAUGUGGUGCUGAACUAUAGACACUUUCCAGGUCAUACCAGUGAGGCAAUCAAAAAUGUGUUUUUUAAUAUGUUACAAAUGUGGGAAUUAAAUACCACCAGCAUUCACUUAAUGGUAAGAGACAAUGGAGCUAUUAUUGUGAAGGGUUGUAAUGAAGCGGGAAUACUUAGUGUAUCAUGUUUUAUCCACACCCUGCAAUUAGUAAUCACUCAAAGCAUCGUCAGUCAAAGAUCUGUUUCGGAUUUAAUAGCCACCUGUAAAAAAAUUCUGGGUCAUUUCAACCAUUCAUCUGCAGCCUGUUCUAAGUUGAAAAUAAUUCAGAACGAGUUGAGUGUAGCUCCUAAUAAACUUAUUCAAGACAUUCCAACUCGAUGGAACUUCACCUUUUUAAUGCUUAAGAGGAUUUAUCAGCAGAAAAGAGCCUUAACUGUCUACAGCGCAGAUAAUAUUCUGGAUAAUUUAACAUCGAAUCAAUGGAUGCUGAUAACUUACUACAACCCUUUGACGAGAUUACAAAUAGUAUGA